CCAAUUCUCCCCCAAAACCAACUCCACACAAUCCUCACCAACCAACCAACCAAACCACAAACACAAACACAAACACAAACACACAUUCCUCCACCCCACCCACCAAAAUGAGCAUCGGCAAAAUCAUCGCCAAAAUAAUCAUCAUCCCGAUCCUGAUCAUCGUCUUCAUCUGCUACGGCAUCUACCUCCUCCUCAAGCACCGCCGGGAACGCUCGCGGGAGCGCCGCGAAGACAAGGUCCGAUCCGAGUACUACCGCGGGCUGCCGCAGUUCCAGGUCCCGCCGGAACAUCAGCACCAGUACCAGAACCAGAAUCAGAAUCAGAAUCAGAUUCCCCACCCGGGGGCGGCGGUGCAGUGGGGUUCACAUAAACAAAUGCAAGCGCAGGCGCACUAUUACCCCGGCGCUGGCGAUGAGUCGAUGAUGAAGAAGCCCGAGCCGGUGGUUUAUCCUGUUCAGGCGCAGGGGGCAGCGGUUGGGUAUGGGAUUGGGUAUGGGCAUGGGCUGGUGCCGCAGACGCAGGUGGUUGCUGCGAGUGGGGGUGGUGGAGGGGUGGUUUGAUCAUGAUGGUUUGUGUUUAUUACGGAGUGAGUGAGUAGGUGGGAUUGAUCGAUUUCGAUUUCUGCUGUGCUGGUUGGGUGGUGGGGGUUGAGAGGCGGGGUUAUUAUAUUUCGUUGAAUUUCGUCUCAUCUUACCUCAUCUGAUCCUGUUAUAUGUCUUUUCAUUUCUUGGGGGUUUGUAUUUCUUCUACGGGAGCACCUUUUCUUUUCUUUUCUUUUUUUUUCUAUUUGUUUUCAUGCCGCAAGGUUGGUUGGUUGGUGUUGGAUGGCUGUUUUCAAAGCUGGAUUGAAAAUUCUCUUACUAUGUUAUGGAUGGUUUCUUUGUAUGAUGAUUC